ACUUUCCCAAUUUCACUUUCCAGUUCAAAUUUUAAAAAUACGUCACGAUAUGGGAUGGAUCUGGUUAGGCAUAGUAUUGGCCUCCCUAGUCUGCUAUACUCAAGGACAGCAAGGAUAUAACUACCCUCCUCCGCAAAAAACCUUCGACGGAGGUUCAACGGUCACCCCCAACCAGGGAGGGGAAGGGUUCACUCCAGGUAGUUAUUCGUCAUCUACAACCGUAGCGUACGAAUCUCCAGCAGGUGGUUAUCCGGGAAACCUUCAACGACCCUCAAACCGGAAACCCGGGGGGCACCCCGGCCAAAAUGGAGGGUAUACAACGGCGGGCUACCCUCAAGGUCCUAACGGGUUUAACGGAUUUCCAAGUAGCCUACCAACUGGAUAUCCAGCACCCGGCAGACCGAAUGGUCCCUCGAUUCCGCCCACCGACCAAUCGGAUUUCCAGAGGCCUACACCCACAUCAGGUUUCCCCGGAUCUACUUUUACGACACCCGGAUACCAAAGGCCUGGAGGACCACAAGGUCCCACGGGAGGAUACGGUGCUCCCGGGCAAACCCUUAGCACGGCUGGUUAUCCUGGAUCAGGGAAAACUUCGCAAACCCCAUUCCAACCUGGAGGUCCUUCGGGAGGUUAUCCGGGCAACGGACAAGGGUACUUGGGAGCAAAUGAUGCCACACGCGCAAGUAACGGGUUUCAACGAUCCGGUGGAUCUAAUGGUUACGGUGGCUCAACGGAAGGAGAGGGAAGAGCAGCACCAAGAGGCUUUGACGGAGAGCAACCAUCAGAACGCUUUCCUAGUCAACAGCCGACGGGCGAGAAUGAUGAAGGCGAUUAUUCGGCGAUUCCCGGCCAACCAGACAUCGACUACCCCAUCCUAGCGUACGUUCCGGAAACAUCGUUUAGAUGCGAUCAGCAACAGUACCCGGGAUACUAUGCAGACGUUGAAACUAGGUGCCAGGUCUUCCAUAUAUGCGCGAACAACAAAACCUACGACUUCCUCUGUCCGAACGGCACGAUCUUCCACCAGGAGUAUUUGGUUUGCGUCUGGUGGGAUCAGUUCGAUUGCAACAGCGCCCCUUCCCUAUUCGGAGUGAAUGAAAAUAUUUACGACUACAGUAUAACGGGUGCGCAACAGACGGGCUUUGGAGGGAGUAGCCGCUCGGGAGCUGAAGGCCCUGGAUAUCCCUUGGAGGACACUGAUUAUCAACAGGGUAGUGGACCGGGAUACCAGCCUGGAGCUCCCUCGCCAGCUGAAGGUUCGUUGGGAUAUCCACCAAGCAGACCAGGUGUAGCUGGCCAAACAAUACCUUCGUCGGGAUACCCAUCGGGACGCCCUUCUAAUGGUCAGAGACCUUCAGGCGGAUACCCCGGUGCCCCCCAAGAACAGCUAGGCUCCACGCAAACCCCGGGAGGUUACUCCGGCAACGGUAGACCACAAAGACCGGAAUACAUACCGCCCAGCAAUGGCCAACGGUCCGGAAAUGGUUAUCCUAGCGACCGACCGCCUACAACAGGUUACCCAGGCAGCCAAACAUCUAACGGAGGAGGGUAUCGUAACGGCAACGGUGGAACCAACGGACAGAACGGUGGAGGGUCUAAGCAGCCAAAUAGGGAAUACCUACCCCCUUAUCAACAAUAGAAAUGGAUGAAGCAACGUGAGAAGUGUUCCGUUCCAGAACUUGGGUCGCUCUUUCCUCCUUAUAAUUUAAAGUAAUUUAUAUUUUUUAUAAUGUUGUAAAUAAGGAUAUUAUAAGCAAAUAUUUACAUACGCAG